UCCUCGGGGGACAGGGCGAGUCUGGACCGAACGCAAGAUUAUUCUCUUUCUGCCUUUCAUCCAGUACCCCUUCCACAUUCAUCGCGGCCCCGAGGCCAAGGAACCCUCCCGGGCAGCAAAGAGUUAACCCCGAGGGUUGUGCUACUGGGGCGGAGCAUCCGGAGUGGUGGGGGAGGCUGGACACUCUUUCGGGUUAAGGGAGGGCGGUGUGGAAAAUGCGCUGGGUUGGGAGAUCCCGGGUCCCGGCGGAACUGUGAGACUUCGCAGGGCCCAUGGCGGACGCCCAGUACAUCCUGCCCAAUGACAUCGGUGUGUUUAGCCUGGACUGCCGGGAGGCCUUCCGCCUGCUGUCACCCACAGAGCGCCUCUAUGCCCACCAUCUGUCACGGGCCGCCUGGUAUGGAGGCCUGGCUGUGCUGUUGCAGACCUCCCCUGAGGCCCCCUACAUCUAUGCGCUGCUCAGCCGCCUCUUCCGUGCCCAGGACCCCGACCAGCUGCGCCAGCAUGCCCUGGCUGAGGGCCUUACCGAGGAGGAGUGUCAGGCGUUCCUGGUCUAUGCUGCAGGUGUCUACUCCAACAUGGGCAACUACAAGUCCUUUGGCGACACCAAGUUUGUUCCCAACCUGCCCAAGGAGAAGCUGGAACGUGUGAUCCUGGGGAGUGAGGCGGCUCAGCAGCACCCGGAAGAAGUCCGGAGCCUCUGGCAGACCUGCAGGGAGCUCAUGUUCUCUCUGGAGCCAAGGCUUCGACACCUCGGGCUGGGGAAGGAGGGAAUCACCACCUACUUCUCUGGGGAUUGCACCAUGGAAGAUGCCAAACUGGCCCAAGACUUUCUGGACUCACAGAACCUCAGUGCCUACAACACGCGACUCUUCAAGGGCGUCCCCCAGGAUGGGAAGCCCUGCUACGAGGUGCGGCUGGCUUCUGUGCUCGGCAUGGAGCCUGCUCUGCAUUCUGAAAUGACUUCCAAGCUGAAGAGCUACGAAUUCCAGGGGAGCCAUUUCCAGGUGACUCGGGGUGACUAUGCCCCUAUCCUCCAGAAGGUGGUGGAGCACCUGGAGAAGGCCAAGGCGUAUGCAGCCAACAGCCAGCAGGAACAGAUGCUGGCUCAGUACAUAGAAAGUUUCACCCAGGGCUCCAUCGAGGCCCACAAGAGGGGCUCCCGCUUCUGGAUACAGGACAAAGGCCCCAUCGUGGAGAGUUACAUCGGGUUCAUCGAGAGCUACCGAGACCCCUUUGGUUCCCGUGGAGAGUUUGAAGGCUUUGUGGCCAUGGUGAACAAGGCCAUGAGCGCCAAGUUUGAGUGCCUGGUGGCAAGUGCAGAACAGCUGCUGAAGGAACUGCCCUGGCCCCCGACCUUCGAGAAGGACAAGUUCCUCACCCCCGACUUCACCUCCCUGGAUGUUCUCACCUUCUCUGGCUCUGGCAUCCCUGCUGGCAUCAACAUCCCCAACUAUGACGACCUGAGGCAGACGGAUGGCUUCAAGAAUGUGUCACUGGGGAACGUCCUGGCUGUGGCCUACGCCACGCAGCGGGAGAAGCUGACCUUCCUGGAGGAGGAGGACAAGGACCUGUUCAUCCGUUGGAAGGGGCCCUCCUUUGAUGUGCAGGUAGGACUGCACGAGCUGCUGGGCCAUGGCAGCGGCAAGCUCUUCGUGCAGGAUGAGAAAGGAGCAUUUAACUUUGACCAGGAGACAGUGAUCAAUCCAGAGACGGGGGAGCAGAUUCAGAGCUGGUACCGGAGCGGGGAGACCUGGGACAGCAAGUUCAGCACCAUCGCCUCUAGCUACGAAGAAUGCCGGGCUGAAAGUGUGGGCCUCUACCUCUGCCUCAACCCCCAAGUUCUGGAGAUCUUUGGCUUCGAGGGGGCUGAUGCAGAAGAUGUGAUCUAUGUGAACUGGCUCAACAUGGUUCGGGCUGGGCUGCUUGCUCUGGAGUUUUACACCCCUGAGGCCUCCAGCUGGAGACAGGCCCACAUGCAGGCCCGGUUUGUGAUUCUGAGGGUCUUGCUGGAGGCUGGCGAGGGACUCGUUACUGUCACUCCCACCACAGGCGCUGAUGGGCGCCCAGAUGCCCGGGUCCGCCUUGACCGCAACAAGAUCCGGCCUGUGGGCAAGCCCGCCCUGGAGCGGUUCCUGAGGAAACUUCAGGUGUUGAAGUCCACAGGAGAUGUGGCUGGAGGCCGGGCCCUGUAUGAGAGGUACGCGGCGGUCACUGAUGCAUCCCCUGAGUGCUUCCUCACCCUCAGGGACACAGUGCUACUCCGCAAGGAAUCUCGGAAGCUCAUCGUUCAGCCCAACACUCGCCUUGAAGGCUCAGAAGUUCAGCUUCUCGAGUAUGAGGCCUCGGCUGCUGGCCUCAUCCGAUCCUUCUCCGAGCGCUUCCCAGAGGAUGGGCCCGAGUUGGAGGAGGUCCUCACCCAGCUGGCCACAGCUGAUGCCCGGUUCUGGAAGUCCCCCAGUGAGGCCCCAUCUGACCAGGCUUGAGACAGAUUUAUGCAGCUCCUCCCCCAGCUCCAUCACACCAGGGCUGCAAGUGGCCGCCCUCCUCCUGCGUGUGCCAGGGGAGGAGCGGGAGCUCGGACCUUGGUGCUACCUCAGCCGAGGGCGGUGACACGAACCCCUUCCAUUUGUCGGCACUUUCCAAUUUACCGAGCGCUUCUCCUGUGUUAUCUCAUUUGAUCUGCUCUGCCCUUGGUAGAGUGGGCAAGGCCCGGCUCCUUAUCCUGCUUCCCAGGUAAGGGAAUGGAAGUUCUGAGAAGUGACCUAUCUAGAUGCGACAGGACUCAAAGCCUCUCCCAAUCCAGUGCUCUUCAUGUAUUACUUUUAUAACCAGAAAAUAAACAUAAGAAA